CUUUAACUCAUCGUACAUGCAGAGGGUGGGCCUCUUCAAACGUGUGGUCGAUCAGGGCCAGAGUUUCGUUUGGGGGGAAUUCCUAGAUUGAACAUCCGAAAGAAAACAAUGGUUGACGUGGAACAGCUGAUGCAUGCAUGAUGUUAAAACAAUUGAUCCUUCCUUUGGUGAGCGUUUUGACGUGAAAAUGAACCAUUAACGAAUAUUAAUAACCGUAGACGUUGCACUCCUUAUGCAUGCGGAAACUAUUCAUCGGAAGUCCGAUAGGGAAUGACAUUGACGAUUUCGCGGAAAAUACAACUACUUCUCAAAUUAAACCAAUACAGAGGAGAUGUCCAAACCUUCAUUGAUUCACUAUGUUCUGCUAAUUCUGGUGCUUGCAUGGGACUGUGAUAAGAGACAAGUAGAAGCCGUCGAUUUCGACCACUUUAAACUAGUAUUUCAAUGGCCUGUGACGUUUUGCGAAAUUCACAAGUUUAAGUGUGUGCCUCAACCGCCACAUCAUUGGACUGUCCAUGGAUUUUGGCCCUCAAAUUUCAAUGGUAAUCCUGUGUCAGACUGCUCAACAGAACCUUUUAAAGAAAACCAAAUCUCAUCGGAUACUAAAAAGCACAUGAAUAGGAUAUGGCCAAAUCUGUACAAGAACGGACUUCAUACCCAGUUAUGGUCACGACAAUGGAAGAAACACGGAACAUGUGCUGACGUGCCCGGCACAAGGACAGUGGGGGAAUAUUUCACAAAGGCCAUUGAAUUAGCCAACCGGUACAACAUUUCUGGAAUCCUGGAAAAGAAUCAUAUAAAUAAAGGAUCUGUGUAUAAGUUGCCAUUCAUAGAAGAUGCCAUCAAGAUUAGAACCGGCUACAAACCAAACAUCCAACCGACAUCAAAGAAAGAAAACCUGAAGCCUCCUCGGUUGUUUGAGAUUAGAAUUUGUUUUAAUAAAACUUUUCAUGGAAUUGAUUGUGGAGCUGGAAACAUGUAUGGGGGAAAUGUAUUGUAUCCACAGCGGCAGACAUCACCACCCUACGGGAAAAUAUGCCCUAAAUAAUUCUAAAAAGUCACAACAAAUUCGAGUUCAUAUGUUUCACAUUAAAUUCCCUUGAAACUACAUCUAUGAUUAGAGAUUUCAUGUAGAUUGUAAUAUUUCGAAUCACAUGUAAGAUUUAUGAAUAAAUAAAUGAAUUCAU